UCGGUCACGUACGAAAAUGUUUGGAUAGCCGGAACAAAUCUUAAACAAACCUCGGAAAUUGCGAAAUGAGCGGCCAGAAGCACCUGCGAUUGCGCUACUACACCUCCUUGGAGGAGGCCUUGGUGGUGAAGCUGUGGCGCGAGCACCUGCCCGACAUUCCCUCCUACACGGACAACCUGCCCAUUUUCCGGGAAAUUGCAUUCGGACUGCAGCAGCAUGGCAUCCGCCUGAACAAACAGGAAGUUCGCCGGCGCAUCAACAGCUAUCGCAAUAGAUAUUUAAACGAGCGAAAUCGCUUGGAGGGCAACCCAGACGUCCAGUCGGACUGGCGCCUCUACUCGCUGAUUGACUGCCUCUUUCGUCCUGCCAGAGCCGCGAAGGACGUCUUCCACGCUCACAAUGUAGUGGAGGAGGCCGCUGCCAAAGCUCGGGCGGAACUGCCUGCCCUGCCGCCCCUGCAACUCACCUCCUCUGCCCAGGUCAAGUUCGAACGCGAUGCGGACGGAAGUGCCUUUCUGGACCCACAGCCAAUGCUGCGUUCGUUGGUAAAGACAGAGGCUCAGCAAGAUACCUAUCACCAGGUGAAGACUGAAACGGAGUACAAGCCCACGGAAGUGAAACUGGGACUUGUGGGAACUACUGCAGAGAGUGCCACAAGGCGGGCACCACUGACGCCCGCCAAUCACCAGUCCCCACCCGAUGCAGAGGAUCCCACGCAUGCGGCCCACACAAAUGGCCAGCCGGAGGCAGAGCGAUCUGCGUCGAAGAGAAAACGAGGAAGGCGCAGCAUACUGCCUCGCACUGGCCAGAUCACUAUGGCCGCUGUGGAGGGUCUGCGCAAGGAGAACAAGAUGCUCCAGGAGCAGAACGAUGCCUAUCUGCUGGCGCUCGAGCAGAAGGAGAAGCAGUUCCUGCUGAUGGAGCAGAACUUCAUGGCCUACAUGAAGCGGCAGAAGGAGCUGCUGGCGCUCAUUCAGCAGAAGGGCAUCAAGCAGGAACUGGACCGUGACUUUUAGCUUUAAGUGGAGAACAGGAGCCGCCGGGGAAUCUCAACGCCAUACCCUGCGCAUUUCAUUUCGUUCCUUCGCCAGACUCUGAAAACUAGUUCAUAAGACGUACAAAGCAGCAUAGCUAACCGAAGAUAUUUUUAUUUUAUGUGUCCUUUUUUGGUAGCAGAGUCCAUUCGAAUUGGCUUAACAGUGUGUUUAUUAUAAUCUUUGUAAAAGAUCUCCAUUUGGUAAGAUCUUAGAGUUAACUCUAAUUUUAUUAAAAAAUUUAAGCAAAAUAA